ACCAAACAAAUCAAAUAUAUACCAUUUGUUAUAAUCAUGAUAGCAAAAAUCAUUUUUUGCCUUGCAGUUUUAUUAGCAAUACUUUCAGUAAUUCUCCUUGCAAUAUUCUCACCAAUACCCCAACAAAACAAAUCAAAAAAUCCCCCUUGGCUUGAUUUAUCCCUUUAUAUUCAACAACCUCGAAUUCCCGCUUCCAAUCUUCCCUUCGAAAAAGCUCCAACAGACUUUGGCGCUUUAAUUUUCCAUCGUCUUCUAACAGAAGGUCCGGAAAACACGUCUCGUGUAGUUGGAAAAGCACAAGGUUUCAUCAUCCCAAUUCAAGAUUUCGCGAAUUCCGCAUUUAAUAUUAUUUAUCUUACGUUUAAUUCAAAAGAAUUUAGUGGGAGUCUUAGUAUCGAGGCAAAAAGUUUGACAAAUGAUAAUAACAAGUUGAAUGUUGUUGGUGGUACUGGCUAUUUUGCCUUUGCUCGUGGCCUAGCUAUUUUUGCACAAACAAAAAGGGAAGUUAUUAAUAAUUAUAAUUUAGAAGCUAGUUAUUAUCAUAUAAAGCUCCAAUUGAAAUACCCUAAUAAAUCCAAAACAAUUCCAAGAUGA